UUUUUUGCACAGCCAAAGAGGGAGUGGCAAAAAACGUGGGAGUGGCUGCUAAUGUGGCAGAUCCUCGGUUUACGCUUUCCUUCUCUGAACGCAAUGCCACGCAGCAGCCUCGUCAGGCCAAGCAGAACAAUCCUGCCUGUAUGCACAUCGCUGCUGCAAAGGUGCUGCUGCGGGCAGCCAGAAAAAGUGCCAUCCAUUGCAUCAUCGUCCGCAGGCAGUUCGCUACCAGGCUGCCGUAUGUCUGCUGACUGGAGACACCCAGGAGGAUCUCUUGCAGCCCCGCCAGAGAAAACCAGCACCACAACUUGCCUUGGUGGAAUAUAUGCGUGGGGAGAGCAAACGACAAGAAAAAGAGAAGUAUUCGCUAAAGUAUAGGAAAA